AUGGCUCAGCCAUUUGCUCCGCCCAGCGAUUCUGCCGCGUUGGAGACUCCCCGCGUGCCAUCUCGAUUGCUCUCCAUAACUGCGCUGGCACGGUUCGAAUUUGAGGCCGGCAAGGGUAAUGAGGGAACCAAGAUUUUGAUGGUGGAAUGGGAGGAUGAUGACCUCACAAGGUCUACAGGAACCUGGCAUGUGUCCUGGGAUGGCAAGCAAACGGUCCUACCUGCAGAUGAACAAACGUCGGAUCAUAUCCGGCGAUGCUAUUUCUUACUUUCUCCCGGCACCACCAUACCUCCUGUCGUCACUUUGGCCUACGAGCCGCCGCCAAGCUCUGCUGCAACGGUGAAAAAACCCGAUUCCGUCCAGGUGAACCCGCUACCUGCCAUUUUCCCACCUGAGCUAGGAGCUACGGCGAGAGCUGCGGGUAAGAAAGGAGUGCUUCACACAAUAUGGGCUAAGAAGAGGCUGCAGGCUCUAGAGAAGGAGAUCAAAGAGGAAUCAAAGUAUAACCUCGAGGGCGUGGCUCUGGAGAUGGCCCUUCAAGAAAAAGAGUGGAUAGAAACAAACUUUGGCGUUGGGUCACGUCUACCGCCCCUCCAAACAACAAAUGUGUCGUCCCUGAAUUCUGUACCUCUUAGUCCUACUACCCCUCUAUCUCCUGGCGGUGGGAGAAAGCUCACUGAAAAGUUGAAGGGCUUAAAAUUGGGAACGAGUGAGAAGGAUCUUACCCGGAAACCUCCACCAGCAAACCAAGCUGAAUAUUCAGCGUCCCAUCCUCUGUCUCCAGAAGGACCGGAUGUGGCGAUAUCGUCGUUCAACUCAUUUCGUCAUACACCCAUCUCGGAUCCCACGAAAUAUCCCAUUCGAAACGCCAUAGCCCACCUCCCCCCUGCUUCUAUAAAAGCGCAGCAGGAACAACAUAUAUCAGAAGGGGGAUUUACCAGACUAACAUCCCCAAAAAUUGAUCAGAACACGGAUGACGGAUUAUUCGCGAAAGCUCUCAGUCCACGUUCUCCAGAUAUCCCACGAAGCCCAUUUUCAUUCUCCCCUGAAGAAACCAUUCCCUACGCGAGGAAUAAACUAAACGAAUUAUGA